AUGAAAAAAGUGCCUGGGCUCAGACUGCCAAGCGCACCGGUACGUGAGCAGCUGUCCAAAGAUUUGAAGGCUUGGUGCAAAAGCACAGGCCACGUGUUGCCGGACACACAAGCCUCCAGUUCAACCGUGCCUGGCACAGAGUCACAAAUCUUGAAUCUGCAUAGUGCGGAUGUAGACGACGGAGAAGACCGGCAGCCUGACUUCCUACAGUCACCUGAGCCGACCGCUAGACGUUCCCUCAAGCUUUUAUCGCCUGAGGCUGCCGUUGAUGUGCCUGAUUGGGCUCUUGACUGGGCCGAGGAAAUCGAGCUAGCUCAUCAACAUCAAGCCUUCGUCAAGAACCAUGAACAUGACGCAAAGUCUGUGGAGUCAUUCGGUGUGCCUUCAAGGUUCGUUGAGCGAACCAAGGGCGGCCAGCUCCUACACAAUCGCUCCUUGACUAAGGCCAGGCCAGAGGGUUGUCAGAACCAGCCAUCUGCAAUGCCUGCAUGGGCCUCUCAAUGGGCAUCUGAGCUGACGGCUCAGUUCGAGUCCCAAGCUCUAUCAACAGUGACGUUGUCUGCGCAUCAUCACCUUGGCUCAUUUGGGCCAAAUGACAGCAAAGUGGACUGGGCAGGUGAUCUUCCUUCAGCUCAAGAUCUCUUAUCGCAAGGUCGGAAGGCCGUCUACCUGGAACGCUUACGCAAAGCUGAGGACAUGCAAUGUCAACGUGUUGUCAAGGCAGGUUUGCCUGUCAAAGACAUCACAGACAUUGCGACCAUUUUGUACGAAGCAGGGCUUUAUGGGCCUCCUCACUUCACUAAGGCUCACAAAAGCCGCGGCACUCUCACUGGCAUCUUGGUCAAGCCCCAGUUUGGUGGAUGUGUUAGCAUUUAUGCUAAGACUGGCAAAAUCAUUGUGGAUGGUAGUGCAAAUGCCAAGCGACGCAUUAUAGGGAUGCUUUCAACCGUGUCUUGUCCGGCUCAGAGUGCAACAUGCAUUGAUGAUGAGCUCCCCACAGUUCACGCCGUCAAAGCGCGACUUGCUAAGCAGUAG